CGCCCCGGAGGCGUGAGAUUACCCGUACUCGUAGCCCAUGAAAACAAGUACACUAUACAAUGCGAUCACAGUCCGGUAGGGAGUUUUUUGUGCAGUUGUAUGAUUCUUUAAAUUACUUACUUCGCCUGAAUUCAGCAUUAUCCGCGCUCGAAGAUCUAUCUCAAAAAUGACUACGGAGGAAGUUGGCGCCGAGGUCUUUCUUGAUCUCGCAGCGCUUCGCCGGCAUGUGUCCCUUACCCGGCGAAAAUCCCAAUUGGUGCCGAACUGGACAGGCGACAGCGACGAUACGCCGUCUAUUUCAGUUAUGGAAGCGUCAGGUUUGAAAUCGUCAAAGUUGAAAUAAUUUGUAAUGCAUAAAAUGCAUGACCAGAGGCACGUGCGUUGCAGAGCAGGCAAGUGAGGCCGAUUGUAAGCCUGUUGGGGGCUACAGCUCGAGCUGCUAAAGUAGCAUGAGAAAAUCACUCUUCUUUGCCUAAACAGCAUGACAAACUGGAUUUAGGGACCACCGAAAUUUGUCAUGCGCCACUUACUAACUGGGUUCCAACUGGCGUCCAUUUUAUGCAUGACAAAUUAUUUCAACUUUGUCGAUUUCAACUCUGACACAUCCAUAUCAGUGUCGCGAACGCCAAGCACGGAAACGGAUUCCGAGCAAAGCAGUCCCGGGAAGGAACAUCACGGCAAGGGUUCUUGCAAGGCGGAGAGUAGAAGUGGUACCCUGUCGCCUUUCGUCGAUGGGUGCGUCGUUCUCGACAGCACUCCCAGUGGGCUUACAACGCCAAGGAAGCGGACGAGUAUUGUCCUGUCGGCGGCGGCGUUGAAGAACUGCAUGCCUGCUGGUGCAAACAACAAAGCGGCCUCGUGUAGUGGUGUCAGCAGUACAUCAAGUGCCUUUCCAGCAGGAGAAGAGGAGCAAUUGUGUUCCUACUCGCUCCUUUUCUAUCAUUUCGCCUUGAGUGUCAACUGCCGGUAUUUCACGUCUUGGACACUGCUGGCGCUUGCGGUCCACGUUUUCUUGCCGGGGUCCUUUCUAGACGACUACGCACGGGCGAUCCGGGCGACCAUCAUUCACGUGGCGCUGAUUGCGUUUUUGUUUGUGUGGGUCCACUAUGCAUUGCAAAUAUGUCUGGGUCUGGAAACUUGUGAUGCAAAUUUCCGAUUAUUGGGCGCAGUGCAAUAUGGAGCCCAGCAUGACAAGUUUUUGCGCUGCUGUGUGUUUCGUUUUUCGCAUGACAAACUGCGUUUUUGCAUGACAGGCAAAAGGCCCUUUUCCUGCUCCUGCAUCACAGAUUUAUAGAGCCAUGCCAGACAAGCAUGACAAACUUGCAUUCUUCCAGACCCAGACAUAUUGAUAUUUGCAUUUGAUAUCCACCCAAGGUGUUUGCUCGUGGACAACCGCAUCCGACUCCGGGGAAAUCCCUUCAGAUUCUUCGACUUGCUGGCACACCAUCUUCCCUGCGCCCUCUUAUCCUGAGUAAAAACGUACCCACACCAGAGUUGUGAUGCAGAUUUGCAAAGACAGGAAGACUUGUAAUGCGCCUCCCCAUGAGAGCCAUUUCCAAUCGUGUUUUGGAAUUUGUGAUGCUGUGAACAGGAUGAGCAGCUGGAUUUGUGAUGCGGCUGCACUUGCUAACCUGCACUACACUGCAGAGCGCAACUUGUCAUGCGUGACUCACAAAACUCCUAGGUUUGUGUUGCAAAAUCCCCAUCCUGACUCUGGUGUGGGUACGUUUUUACUCAGGAUACCUCUACCUGGUGUGGUACCACGUCAAUGUGGUGCAGCCAGCGAAAGAAUUCGCGUUAGACCACUAUCCUCCAGUGUCGAGAAUAAAGCUUCACACAGGAGACGAUGCAGAAGCUGUCCCCACCGGUGCCUACUUCGCCACGUUUCUAUUCUCGCCCGUCACUUUUGCGCGGGAAAUUUUUUCGAGAACGACCGAGCUCUACGGGUGGGACACGGCAGAACCAGGGCUGUAUCGACUGGUCGAUAGUUGUUGUUCAUUACAGCUUGUUCCGGGUAAAAGCGGUUUGUCGUCCGCUGCGGCAACGACUGGCCCAGCACCUUCUUCAUCUCUUUCGUUGGCGUUCGCCGGGCCGAGAUACACGCCGGAGCGAGCACAUGCGGUUGCGACGACGCCUCCCCUGUGGAACUUUCUCUUCUACGCGCUGUACCGAUUCUACUUGGCCUACCUUGCAAAGAUCGAUGCGCAUGAUCUUUACGGCGUGCAGUUCAAGGUGCUCUGGGUCAUGUAUUUCGUCUCGCUGUGGUUGUAGGAUUGCGAUUGGGAGAUGCUGCUAGAAAGGAGAUUCAAUUCGAGUAUCCUGGCACAGCAGAAGGAUUUAGCUUAUGUCUAUGUAGGCCUGAAUGCACGACAUCAAGGAGCGCACGCUAUGGUGAUAAUUGACGCGACGACGACUAUGACCCUGUCACGAUUUAGGUUUAGCUAGUGUGUAGCUGCUGUUAAGGUGGAUACCCAUCGCCUUGUUUUCGUUUUGUUUGUUUAUCGGAUAUGUGAAAAUAAAUCUGUGUAGUUGUAGACUAGUAUUGGCCUAUGUAUGAUGUCACCAGCUGUACUAAAGCCGGACACAAAAUGUCAAAAGGGCGAACUCGACACGGGGUUUGCUCUUGGAAUACGAGACCGCCAUGCGCGCCUACUGGCGAUCUUACCGUAUUUCUUUGAGAGAUGUCGAGUCGUCGUGUGCAGAUUCAACAUGUUUAGGAAGUUGUACUGAUUUUUUCACCCGGAAAACGCACAUCAGUACUUAAUCCGAGUGGGCGGGACCAUGAACAAAUUUUGCUCAUCGCAGUUUCUGUUUAAUGUACGCACUGGACAAACAUUUUUAAAUGCCUUGACUUGACCCUUUCACAUCAC